AACCCGCUGGCCAAAAGAGAGUCGGCUCACAAGACACAUCGAAUCCAAACAUCAUCUGGUCGGGUAGUCUUCAUGCAUCAACUUUUAGCUUCAAUUUAUCGGUUGCUUAAGGUAAAAUACGAUUGAAAAUUUGUAUCCAGCUAAUGCAUCACCAACUAUAGUUUCAAACUGUACUGAGCGUUUUGACUAUCUACUUGACAAUAUAGUUGGCAAUGUGCAAUGGAUCCUGAUGUAACUCCAGAUUUGACAUUAAAAUUUCUUGCUUUCCACGCUACCGUGUCUCCAAGCAAUUCAACAGGACUCAGCUUACUUCAUAUCUCAUGUAUAAAUGGAGACCUUGAAACAUUGAGUAUCAUUUUAAACUGUAGCCCUAGUCAACUCGACACGUGGAUUGCAUUAUCGAUUAAAACACAUAACGAAGACUCCCUCCUGCCAGAGGAAUUAGUCAAGAAAUCUCAAGAUUCCUUGAAACGUCAACAGAUGUCGCACAUGUUGAAAAAGGCCUCCGGUGAAGAGCGCCCAACGUCAAUGAUUCAUGCAGGAGCGAAGCAUGGCAACGUCCAUCACAUUAAAAUGCUAGUGAAACUUGGAGAGAGAGUGAAUAGCUUAUCCAGUAACCCAGAGGAUAAGGCUGCUUCUCCUCUGAUUAUUGCGAGUGCYCAAAAUAAAAGCGACGUCGUAGAGUAUUUACUGUCUCACGGAGCCAACGUUCAAAUCACAGAUUCUCAGUUAAACAUGGCCAUCCAUGCUGCUGCUUCAAUUGGCAAUGCACACCUACUUUCACUUCUCAUAGAUAGUGACAGCGAUGUUAAUGCAAAGGGGUUUCGCGGAAAAACACCUUUGCAUUUUGCAGCUUUAAAUGGRCAYACUGAAGCUACCAGGCUCCUUUGCGAGAGUGGUGCCGAUGUGAAUUCUCGUACAGUKUUUGGGGAUAGUCCUCUGACUUGCGCAGCAAAGAGUCCGAACGUUGACAAUAUGAAGGUUCUCCUCGAAAACGAAGCCAGCGUCCAUGACCGCAAUUCUAUUGGCUACAAUGCCUUGUUUUACGCAUCGAAGAAUGGUUUCAUCGAUACUGCUAAACUCUUGCUUGACAGGGGUUGUGACGUCAACGCCAGGUCACGUGUUCGAGACACUCCUUUGACUAUCGCAUGUGGAAUUCCUGGAAAUAACAAGAUGGUGGAGUUUCUUCUCCGACGUCGAGCUGACAUCAACCUCGCUGAUAGACAAGGCAGRCAAGCACUUCACCACGCGGGGGAUCCAGAUAUCGUUGAAUCUCUUCUYAGACAUGGAGCUGUUAUUGAGUCAAGAGAUCUCUAUGGUUUAACACCUUUGUUGUACCUUUGUAGUGCAGAAAACCCACAUAGUAACACGGACGUAGCCAAAAAGCUCAUCGAGAUGGGAGCAUGCGUUAACUCUCAAGAGGUUCUUAGUCUUUAUUCACCGUUACACCAUGUCUGUACACACCAUGAUCUAGACAGAGAAGUCGUCACGAUGUUACUGGAUAAAGGGGCUAACGUCAACGCCCUUGACUCUGAAGGAGAAACGCCUUUGUUCUCUGCAGUUAGAAAUGCAGAUGUUAAAUUGGUAGAGCUCCUUUUACAACAUGGAGCCUCAGUGAAUAUCAAGAACGAUUCACAAUUGACGCCAAUCGGUGUUUUCUCUUCAAGUUCCACUCAAGAGGAGGAAGAAAUCGAACUGAUGAAAGUUCUAAAACCGUACCUUAUUAUGCGCCACUGUACUAARAACAAUUUUUAGUGAUAUUGCUCUAUUCUUGUCUCAAAGACGAGAAUGACAUAAUAUAAAUUAAAGACAGCCAAUCAUUGGUACAUAAGGAGAUAAGAUAUAUCCUGACUAUUUGAACUCUCAA